GUUAAUUACUCUCUCUCUCCCCUCCGAACUCCGCUUCCAUCAUCAUCAUCAUCAGUAGCUACAACCCAAUCAAGAUGGAAUCGAGUAGAUUCACAAUUCAGCAAAUUCGAUCGAACAGAAUCUGGAGGUCUACGGAUGACGUGGUAGACUGCAUACCAUUGACCAGGUCCAAGUCCUACGUGGUCGCACCCGCGCCUACUUUCCCGUAGACCAGUUUCCUUCGACUUCAAUUUCUCUCCGAAGCUCGAAGAAGACGACGACAAUGGCGAAGAAGAAGAAGCUCGAGGAGGAGGAGGAGGAAGAAGAGGAGAAACCCUCGCGCCCCUCCGACCACGAAGCGGUGGAGCGGCGGCGGCUGCGGUCGCUCGCCUUCUCCAACAAGCUCCUCUGCCGCGGCGGCGCCCCGCCGAAGCCCUCGUUCCCGCUCGCCCCCUCCCCCGCCCUCGCCAAGCUCCGCGGCCGCGACGUCGUGAAGCGGGGCCAGAGGAAGUGCCGCUUCCUCUUCUCCCUCCCCGGCCACCUAGCCCCACUCCCCGGCGGCGGCGGAGGGGGCCGCAUCGGCGAGCUCGCGCACCUCGCAACCAGGAACCCCGUCCUCUACCUCGAGUUCCCCCAGGGUCGGAUGAAGCUGUUCGGGACGCAUGUUUACCCUAAGAACAAGUACCUGACUCUGCAGCUCACGAGAUCGGCCAAGGGUGUGAUGUGCGAGGAUAUCUUCGAGAGCCUGAUUGUAUUUUCUGAAGCUUGGUGGAUUGGAUCUAAGGAGGAGAAUCCGGAAGAAUUACGGCUUGAGUUUCCUAAAAACUUCAAUGAUGGCAAACCUGUAGCAGAUUCUGAUUUUAAAGGAGGGGCAGGUGCAACGAGUGAAGAAGCAUCAGGCGGUAGUAACCUGGGGAAGGAUAAAGUAGAGCCUCUUUCCCCUGACACAGAUUUGAAUGAUACACCUGAGGAUUCUGAUCACAGAGCCGAGAAAAGCACAAAGGAUGUGGGCGAAGCGGUUUCAGUUCGACAAUCAGCUAGAACUGCCGGAAAAAACGUUAAAUUUAGUUAUGCAGAGUCAUCUUCUGGAGAUGAUUCGAUAACUAGUGAUACUGAAGUUGCAGAGGUAUCAGCUGAGAAGGUGAACAGAAGGAACAACAGUGCUACGACACGCUCCAAUCUGGAAAUUGCACAGGCAAAAGAUUUUGACAAAGCAACUACAGAUCUUCUUACGUCAGAUGAUGCAAUUGUCAACAAAGAAAGCGUUUCAACAGAAAAAGUUGAGCCUUCUUCUUCUUCAUUGAAGCCGUCAGGAGAAAAUCUUUCCAACAAGAAGGAACGGCUAGUUCAAGCUACUUUAUCUACUUUGUUUGAAAAAGCUGCCGAUAAGGGGUCUAAGAGUGGUGCAAAAGGUUCUCCUGGAAAUAAAGGUCUUGCUGGUAAGAGGCCACGAGAAAGUAGAAAGCAAACAGCUAAGCAGUCACAAGUAAGAGACUAUCAACUGGCAAAGGGAGCAGCCAAAGGGGAGUCUCAAUCAGGAAGAAAAAAGAAAGGGACUGGAACUCCGAGAAAGCAGAAUUCUCAGGUUGCAGAUGAUGAGGUGGAAGAUAUCUCAAGCGCCUCCCAGGACGACAGCGAUGAGGAUUGGGCCGCAUGAUACCUCGAGAUGGAGAUUAUUAGAUGGCUGUAACAUUGUCUACUUCAUGCCGUCGCCAUGUUCAGAUAACUGUGCAACUCAAAAGGAAAAUUUCAUCACGUUAGAUGAUUUUUCUGUAGAAGCCGCCGAGCCUAAAGAAUAUCAGUGUGUAUUCUCUUCGCAACAUAUGGCAGCUUCGAAGAACUUUAAGCCCUAGUCACCGGGAUGGCUUUCCGUUGAGGAACUACGGCAUCAGUUUGUGGCGUCUGCGGCAUUCCUGCAGAGCUGACCUAGAAGUAGCCCGUGGUCGUAUUUAUGCAUGAAUCAAAAAUAGAAUAAAACAAUGAUCCAACUUGCUGUUUGCAAAAAAAAAAAAAAAAAAAAAAAAAAAAAAAAAAAAAAAAAAAAAUUCUUUUAUAUAUAUACGAUUUCUAUUAGUGCUUGAUUUUAUUUUUAUUCAAUUCUGUCCCAGUGUUGUGAUUAUCGAUUAUCUGAAGUUGUUGACUUGCGUACAUUCAAUUAAUCGUGAGGAAGCUCUCUCAUUGGGAAGCUUCCAGUUUGCUAUCA